CCCAAUAAUUAACCAAACACUCCGUAACAGCUUCAUUCUCCUUCAGGACUGAACAAAAAAAGCCCCAAAAAUGCAGGUAUAAAAGCAAACAUUAAACAAAAAAAGACAUCAACGAAGAUCAAAAUAUAAAAUCAGAUCUAAAGCUGCUUCUUGUUCUUCUAUCAGUAGUCGUCAACAACCAAACUCCAAGCAACAAUGCAUGGAAAUCCAAAUUACGAAUCCCAUGGUUUUAUUUUCUCUCUCUUCUAAACUGAAAUGCAGCCAUCAUCAUCUUCAUCUUCGCCAUUUUCAUUAAGUCCAUUACCUUUUCUCUACAGUAUUAAUGGUGAAUUAAGCAAUACUUCCAUUGAAGGUUUCGAUAGUUCUAGGGUUUUGUUUUUAGCUUCUUUGUGGUUAUUUCAAGGUGGUAGUGGGCCUGGUGGUGGUUCCAUGGAUUUAUCUAAGGUUGGCGAGAAAAUCCUAAGCUCUGUGCGUUCUGCUCGUUCUCUUGGUCUUCUUCCUUCUACUUCCGAUCGUCCUGAGGUUCCUGCUAGGGCAGCUGCAGCAGCAGCUGUUGCUCGAGCUCUUGCAACUUUACCUCCUGAUCAGAGGGAAAGUCUCUCAUCAAGUUCCGAGGAGCUGAGUGCCAUUUAUGGAAGUAGGUCUAAUGGUCCAGCAGUAGAGGAGUUAGAAGAAGAAUUCUACAAAGAGGAUUUUGAUCCAGUUAUGUAUGUUCUGGAGCAUAUUCCAUCAGACGAAGAUGAGUUGGAAUAUUAUGAAAACAAGGCAACUGUAAGACUAGCCCAGCUGGAGAAGAUAUCUGCACAUUUAUCUCGCCAUGUCAUGGAGCAUCAUGAAGAAAUGGUUAGGGGUAUGCAAUUGGUAAGAGAACUGGAGAGGGACUUGAAGGUCGCCACUGUUAUUUGCAUGAAUGGGAGGAGGCAUCUUUCGUCUUCUAUGCAUGAGGUCUCUAGGGAUCUCAUUGUAACAACAAGUUCAAGAAAGAAACAAGCUCUCUUGGAUAUGCUCCCGAUAUUGACUGAAUUAUGUCAUGCCCAGAUCAUGCGUAAAGAGCUUGAAAUACUUGUCGAGGAAGGCAACUUCUGCAAGGCUUUCCAAGUACUUUCCGAAUAUUUGCAACAUCUAGAUACUCACUCAGAGCUUUCAGCUGUACAAGAAAUGGGCCGCAAUGUCGAGGUUUGGCUGGGCAAUACUCUUCAGAAGCUGGAUUCCUUAUUGUUACAAGUAUGCCAGGUUUUCAAGGAGGAGAAAUAUGUGACAGUGGUUGAUGCCUAUGCAUUAAUUGGGGAUGUUUCUGGCCUUGCUGAAAAGAUACAGAGCUUUUUCAUGCAGGAAGUUCUUUCCCAGACUCAUUCUGCAGUGAAGUCUGCAGCUCAAGAGGAUCAGGAUACAGACGGUUUACAAAAUAGUUCGAGACUUACCUACAGCGACCUAUGUCUCCAGAUACCAGAAUCUAAAUUCAGACAGUGUUUGCUGAGAACAUUAGCUGUCCUUUUUGAGCUGAUGUGUUCUUAUUUUUCCAUAAUGAGCUUCCAGCCAAGGAACGAGAUGCAAGAGGGCUUGGACAGCCAAUAUGAUAAUUGUCAGAAAGCAGAAGUUCAAUCAAUGAAUUCAGGUUCGGGAAUUCAUGUAGAUAGAGUAGACGAUGAACCUUCAGCUGCUGUUGGUGAGAGGUUGGAACGUUGUUCCAAUGGUGAAUAUGCGAGUAAAAGUUCUUCUGCUAAUACCUCUGGAAUGAAUUCCUCCCAUCAUCGGAAUUCCAGUAACUUCCCUGAUUUGCCACUGGAUGAUAGUGCCAUGUUGAACAGUGGAUCUCCUUGGUAUGAAUUGCGAAGGGAUGCUACAGCUCUUGUAUCCCAGUCUCUUCAGAGGGGAUGUAAAAAUUUUUGGCAACUUAUGACAAGUCGUGUUUCAGUAUUGCUCUCAUCAGCUGCAUUUAGUUCAACAAGCAUUCACCAAUUUCUCAAAAAUUAUGAGGAUCUAAAUAUAUAUGUUUUGGCUGGGGAAGCGUUCUGUGGAGUUGAGGCUUCCGAGUUCAGGAAAAAGUUGAAGGCUGCAUGUGAAACUUACUUCAGUAAUUUUCACAAGCAGAAUAUAUAUGCUUUAAAAAUGGUUUUGGAUAGGGAAAGUUGGCAGAAAUUGCCACCUGAUGCUAUUCAAGUUGUCAGUUUUGCUGGCCUUGUUGGUGAUGGAGCACCUUUAAUUGCUCUUUCAGCUGUUUGUUCGAUGGAUGUUGGGCUGAUUUGCUCUAAUAUAUCAAUGCAUUCUACGGAAUCUGGUCCUAAAAAGAGUGGGUUUUCUCGCUGGCUUAAAACUGGAAAUCCUUUCACAAUGAAGGUUUCAUCUCCUGCAAGCUGUCACACAUCUUCCCCUUUUGUUGAUGGGACAUCUGGUUCUUUCGAUCUUGAUGGACCCUCUAAAAAAUUUGACAUUGAGAAGCAACAUCCUGCAGAAAAUAACAGGAGUCAUGCAAAUGGUGAGACUUCAGUUCUUGAUGAUGAAAAUGAAGAUCUUCUUGCUGACUUCAUUGAUGAAGAUAGUCAACUCCCAAGCAGGAUAUCUAGGCCUCAUCUUUCACAUAACCACUCUUUACCGUGGAGAGAUGAUGAAGAUGCUGCACAAACAGGAUCUUCAAUUUGUUUGCUGAGGUUCAUGGACAAAUAUGCAAGGCUUAUGCAGAAGAUAGGAAUUGUCAAUGUUGAGCUAUUCAAGGGAUUGUGCGAAUUGUUUGAGAUUUAUUAUUACUUUGUGUUUGAAACAUUUGGUCAUCAAGAAAGUUUUGCAAGUGGGAAAGGUGUUGCUGAGACUCUCAAUAAUCGUUUGAAGACAGCUGUUCACAGAAUAACACAAGACUGUGAACAAUGGUUAAGACCUAAGCAGCUUACCUCUUCAGUAUCGUUGCCUGUCUCUCUUAACUCAUCAUUGAAGAAUAUGGAUCUUACACCCACUAUUCCUCCUGGCACAAAUUUUGGUCAAUCUCCAGGACUCAAGGAGACUUGUGCAGCUGUUGAUACUGUAUCACUUGUUGCUCGCAUAUUGCAUAGAUCUAAGCCUCAUCUCCAGUCCACGCUUUUGCAAAAUAAUCCAGCGAUAGUUGAAGAUUUUUUUGAGUGUCUGGUUGACUCUGUCCCAGACCUUACAGAGCACAUUUAUAGAUCAACUGCAAGAUCACUUCUUCACAUCAAUGGGUACAUUGAUCGAAUUGCCAAUGCUAAAUGGGAAGUCAAAGAGCUUGGAAUGGAGCAUAAUGGUUAUGUUGAUUUACUUUUGGGAGAAUUCAAACACUAUAGGACAAGGCUUGCUCAUGCUGGAAUUCGCAAGGAGGUUCAAGAACUUCUUUUGGAAUAUGGUGUCGAAAUUGUUGCAGAAACACUUGUUGAAGGUCUAUCACGUGUGAAGAGGUGCUCGGAUGAAGGCAGAGCCCUAAUGUCUUUGGAUCUUCAGGUGUUGAUUAAUGGACUACAACAUUUUGUGUCUAAAGAUGUAAAACCAAAAAUGCACAUAGUUGAGACAUUCAUUAAGGCCUAUUACCUUCCUGAAACCGAGUAUGUUUUUUGGGCACGCGCUCACCCGGAGUACAGCAAAAGUCAAGUUGUAGGGUUAGUCAAUCUUGUAGCAACUAUGAAAAGUUGGAAGAGAAAAACCAGAGUGGAAAUCAUUGAGAAAAUACAGUGAAUUUGCAUAUUUAAGCUGAACAAUGAACAGGAUGUUAGAAUUUUCUGUAUCUAAUUAUCUUGUUCUUUGGAAUGUAAAUUUGAAUAGAUCUCAUCUUCAUUUUUUUUGUAGAUAGAUAGAAAAAGGGUGUAUAUCCAUUUUGUACUAUAAAGCCAUAAGGUGAUGUAAUACCUGGAUCACAACUAACUCUGCCUAUAAUAUAUAAAGUACAUUUUUUCCCCAUCCUCUCGUGUUUCCACUAUAGUAGUGUCCUUUCAUUUAAAGUGCACUCACUCAAAUCCAACUUAGGUGGGAGCGAAAAUUUGAAAAUAAUAAGCUUAUUAUCAAAAAAAACCUAAAAUAAGCUUUGGAAUAUUAUUAUUGUUUGUCCCUUUUAAUGUUAUGACUUUUUCUUUUUUGUUCGCUGUUAGUAAAAAAUUAAUAGCGAACAAAGUUUUUUUUCUAGCUUCUUUGUUCGUUUUUAGUAACAGCAAAUAUAUCUGACCUCAAACUUAGACAAAAAGACACUUAUUUUGAAAAUUUAAAUUUCUCAAAACUUAUUCUAAAUAUUAUUUUGUUGAUAAAUUUGGUGGGAGCCACUUAAAUAUGAACAUCGGGGUAAUGGAGUCCUGCUCACACCAUAUUGACACA